AUGACUGUAAACGGAAACGCCAACGGCAACGGCGUCAUCAAUGAAGGGGGCCCCUCUGCCUCCUCGCGCAGCCCACUCCAAAGCGAAUCCGCAUCCACCGAAGCAGCGCGCAUCUUGCCCCAGGUGCUCGAUCUUGUUCAGCAAUUCAUCGCAUCCGGAGAGCAGCCCGAUACGUAUGUUGCACCAUGGGGCAACAUCCCCGACUUUCGCAAAGCCAUAUCGCUCUCCCUCCCCGACGCUGCCCCGCAAAACGACACUGCGCUGCUGGAAGCCAUCAAGCUGGUGUUCGACAACUCGGUCAACCCUUGGACCGGCCGGUUCCUCGACAAGCUCUAUUCUGCCCCCACGCCUGUUGGGAUUGCAGCCGAUCUGGUGCUCAGCGCGGUCAACGCCAAUGCACAUGUGAUGUCCGCAUCUCCCGUGCUCAGUUUGGCUGAGGAGCGGUGUGUCGAGGGCCUGUGCGAGGUGUUUGGGUUUACGGAAACCAAGCCAGACGGGUUGACCAUGCCCGGUGGGUCGUCGGCGAACACGCUUGCUGUUCAGACGGCGCUCGCCAACAUCUUUCCCCCUUUCAGAACGCAAGGACUGCUCGGAGUGAUGCAGCAGCUGAUCGACGAAAAGCGACCACCGAGACCGCUACUGUUCACCUCGUCGCAGUGCCACUACUCGCUGGACAAGGCGGCGAUCUCAGCUGGGUUGGGACUCGACUCUGUUGUGAAAGUAGAUUGCGACGCCACGGGUCGUAUGGACCCUGUCGCGCUCGAGAAAAUGCUGACCGAGGCGAAAGAGAACGGUACGGGCACACCGUUCCUCAUCAACGCCACGUCCGGGACUACGGUGCUGGGAUCCUUCGACCCUCUCCCGCAACUCGCAGCCGUCGCACGUAAGCACCGCUGCUGGUUGCACAUUGACGCGUCCUGGGGCGGGCCGAUCGUCUUCUCGCACCAUCCCGCCUACUCCCAACUCAUGCAUGGCAGCAACCUCGCCGACUCGAUCACCAUCAACCCGCACAAGCUGCUCAACGUGCCGCUGCAGUGUUCGUUCCUCCUGGUGCGCGACGCCAACACGCUUUCGGCAAAUAGCCUCGAUGCAGGCUACCUGUUCCACUCGAAGGACCGCCGCGAAAAUGCUGCGAUGAAGACCAUGGGCUGUGGGCGCCGUGCCGACGCUCUCAAGUUCUGGCUCUACUGGGUGCGCUAUGGUAAGCACGGCUUCGGCACCCACGUCGAUGCCGGGCUGCAGCUAGCUUCGGAGCUGGUCGAGUACAUCCGUGCUAAGGACGGGAUCGAGCUGGGCCCGCUCGCUGAUCCGCUGUUCCUCCAAAUUUGCUUCCGUCCGCUGCCCCCUCGGGGAGAUGAGAGCAACGAGUUGGGCGGCGUGGAAGAGGUGAAGAGGAGGUCCGCAGCGACGCAGUUUGUGUACGCGCAGCUCAAGGCGAGGAGGAUGUUUGCUGUGGACUUUGCGCCGUUGCCGAAUGCGAUUGGCGAUUUCAUCCGGCUGGUCGUGCAUCCGAGAACGAGGAUGGAGGAUCUGAAGAGGCUGGUCGACCAGGUGGAGGAGAUCGGGUUGCUGUAUUGGCAGAAGGAGGAGCAGCAGGUGCAGACGUGA